AUGGUGAAGAGAAGUCUCUAUUGUGGUCAUGGAAGCAAUGGUCUGGGGCCUUUGUGGAUUCGGAAGGUGCUUCGGGAGGUCUGGGUAUCCUUUGGAAUGCAAAUAUUCAUAAGGUGGAGGAAAGGUUUGGCCUCCAAUAUGUGGCAAGUCUGUAAGUUUCACUCUUACCCUCUCAAUGUUGAAUUUACAGUAAUCAAUGUUUAUGGACCGUGUAAAUCUGGGCUGCAAAAAGGUUUUUGGAGAUCCCUAUCCUCCCUCGUCCAGGAGUUAGAGGGGGGUCUCUUAAUCAUUGGGGGGGAUUUCAAUGCUAUUUUGGAGUUGAGUGAUAAACUGGGGGGCAGGGGUGACAUUCCUACGAACCUUGCACUUUUUCAGAAUUUUGUGACAGAAAAUGGACUAAAGGAAAUCAAGUCCAAGGAAGGUCAGUUUACAUGGUCUAAUCGUAGGAUCUAUGGACAGCAAGUUGCAGAGAAGCUGGACAGGUUUUUCUUAGGAGGGCCUUGGGUGGAAACUAAUCUUCUGUUUGCCUCAAUCAUUCACCCAGUGGCUGCUUCGGACCGCUUACCAGUUGAACUAUCUAUAACCUUUGAUGGCCCCCCUGUCAGGUGCCCCUUUAAAUUUGAGAAAAUGUGGUUGAGGGACCAAAGUUUGAGGGAGUUAAUUAAGGGGUGGUGGACAGGGGCUCCGGAGGUGAGUGGAACUAAGGCGUUUGUUUUUGUUAAGAAGCUACAGUUCAUCAAAGCUAAACUUAAAGAGUGGAACCGUGUGAAGUUUGGUAAUAUCUUUGCUAACAAAAGGGAUCUGGAGGACAGAUUAGCAAGCUUGCAAGAAGACAUCAUCCAAAUGGGGAUGACAUCAGAAAAAUUUCUGCAAGAACGAGAACUCAAAGGACAAUAUAGUGAAUUGUUAGCUCGAGAGGAGGUAUUUUAG